AUGGCGGAAAGGACUGCUUUUGUUAAGCCAGGCUUCCGUCCCUAUCAGAAGCAUCAGGAUGACCGACCACAGUCCCCUAAUUACCCAAAACAGCCAACAGUUACGUUUCGAGUCCUACCAAACGGUGAGAUCCAACGUGAUCAGUCAGACGCUCAGCAGAACCGAGAAGUGGCGAGCCCUUCGAAACCACAGAUUUACCAGCAAGAUCGCGACACAAGAGAAAAACGUGUCAUGCGCGCGCAAGGUUCAGAACCAAAGCAAGAUCAGUCACAGAGACCAGCCGUGUAUCGUGUCCUCGCGGACGGAACAACCAUUCGAGAACAGCCGGAUGUCCAACAGAAUGACAGAAUGUAUACACAACAAACAAAAGCCGUAGAAUAUGAAGGAAGGGAACCAGCUAGACCUCUGUCAAAUACGUCUGUUGGCGAUCGUGUCCUUACUAACGGUAAAACACAUCGUGCAUUGUCAAACGUCCCAGAGGACGGCAGAAACUUUAGACAAGCUACUCUGGUUACAGAGGGCAAUAACAACACGGAUCCAUCAAAAUCCCACGUGUUCUCGUAUGGUCGGGAUAACAGAGAAAAGCAACAUCCAAAACAAGCUAAGAAACGGGAUAAGGAUGAUCCGGUAGACAGUCCCGAUAAGCCGAAGUCAAGCACGAGUAUAGUUGAAGGUGGAAUUCAUAAGUGGGCAAUGUUUAGACUUUGGGUUAACCGUGAAAUCUCACAAGAAGUGCUUAAAGAAAGGCUUCCCAGCAAAGAAUUUAAAAAACGAUUAGAACUCCCUAUGGACAGCAUGGUCACCUCCGUACUUCUAGAUCCGGCGAGUGACACAAAUGGAAAACGACUCCAGAAGGAGUAUGGUGUCCGACCAAACGGAAAUAGCUUUCUUCCUGAAAACAUAUUCUUUGUCUUUGGAAUACCGAGAGCAAAGACAUCGAUUGAUGCGAAUGUUUCUGAGUUUAUUGAGACCAUGUCCAAUGCCGUUUCAAGAUCAGAACAUGACGCUUUGUCAACAAAAGACGACACCGAAUACAAUGGCAGCAACAUUGGGUCAAAAAACGAAUUAGGAAAGAGCCGGAAAAAAGGCGAGACAAAUGCUGACGAAAGAUACAAAAGAUGGCAUGCCAAUGAUUUGAAGAAAAGUCGCGGUAUAAAUGCUGAUGGAACGGAAGACAAAUGGAAAGGCUGGAAGGAAGAACAAGACAGCAAAGCGAAGGAAACAGAAAACCUCGGUAAAAGUAGGCAUUGGAAUUCGGAGAACUACCGAAUGUAUCAGCAACAUGAUAUAAGGAAGAAACUCACAGAGACCUAUCGGACGUGGGAUGAUGAUGACGAUCGAAAUACUCCAAUUAAAGGCAAAGGUGACAUUAGCAAGAGUUCAAUGGAAGAAAUUACCGACUUUGCAAAGUACCAUGUUGACGACUAUGCUAUGCCAAAUAAGAAAAGGAAAGACGAUCAAAUAGAGGACCUAUCAAAAACAGCCGGCGAAAACGUCUAUACAACGCAUGUGAACAAAUGAUGAAACAAUUAAAAUACUUACUCGUUUAAAGUGACAUAAGUCAUACAGAU